AUGAGAGUCGACAAAGAGAGGAGAAGGGCCCUUUAUCGCGAGGCGGCCAGGAAGAGGCGACGAGUGGAGUCGGACACGUUUGCCGAUUUAUCUAGCCUCUUGCCCCUGCGAGCUUCUGUCCGAGCGCACCUGGACAAGCCUUCCGUCAUCCGAUUGGCUAUCUGCUACAUGCGACUCCAAGCAUUGCUGCGAGGUAAAACUAACGUCAAAAUCUGGUGUUGUGUCUGGGAACUUCUGUCAUGUUUUUCUCCCGCAGAUGAGAUGGACAUGUGGAAGUUUUCCGUGAAGGAAGAAAGGAAGGAGGUGACGGAGGAGAAUGACGUCUACUUGAGGAUCAUGGAGGGAUUCGUCAUGGUGCUCUCCUCCGAGGGGAACAUCAUGUUCCUGUCGGAGAACGUCAGCUGCUACAUUGGCCUUACGCAGACUGAACUGAUGGGCCACAACGUUUUUGAGUUCAUGCACCCCUGUGACCACGAAGAAAUCAGAAGUAACCUCCGCCUUUCGGCAGAUGGGUUUUGGAGUGACACCAAGCGUGACUUUGUGGUGAGGAUUAAAAGCACUCUAACCCUGCGAGGGCGAAGCACCAACCUCAAGUCGGCAACGUGGAAGGUGGUGCAGUGUCAAGGUAGAGUUCGCGCCUGCCCCGGCCCCUUCUCGUCCUCCUGCCUGCUGCUUACCUGUCGUCCCCUGCCAGUGUCUCACACGUGCCUCUGCACUCGCACCUUCAGUAGCCAGCACAGCAUGGACAUGAGGUUCACGCACUGCGACAGCAGAGUGCUGUCAAUUUUAGGGUACACCCCAAAUGAGCUGAUGGGCCGUUCCAUUUAUGAGUUCUGUCACACGCUGGACACAAUCAGUUUGACUAAAUAUCACACCAACUUAUGCUCCAAAAGCCAGUCGGUCAGUGGUCGCUACCGAAUGCUCGUAAGGGGCGGCGGGUACGUGUGGGUGGAGAGCCAUAGCGCAGUGGUACCAGGGGCCAAAACGCCCAAAUACAGAACCAGGCCACAGCCGCCACUCUUGAUCCUCUGUGUCACCUACGUGCUCAGCGGCGUGGAGGAGCCAUUCCUGCAGCUCUCAUUGGACCAAUAA